AUGUCUUCCACCACAGAACCGGCCGCAGCGUCCGCGGAGCAGCUCGCGUCCGCUCAAGAAGAUACCACGUCUCGCAGCGAGCCGUCCUCUGCUGCAGCUGCGGCGGCAGCGGCGAUGCUCGAAAGCGCCAAUCCUGCCGAGCGCGAUCACAUCGAACGCGACGUUUCCAACAUCCUUGCUGGGCUGAAUCAGGAACAGCUUGCCUCGAUCGUCGCUGCAGCGCGGGCGUCCGAGGCGCGCAACGGCGAUGGUUCCGCCCCCGAUGCCUCGACCUCUUUCGACACUGCGUUGCCUCCCGGUCUGGGCCAGGCGGCGAGUGCAUUGACGAGCAUUGCGAGCGGUUUCAAGCGGACGCCUGGCAACGAGCGGGUCGAAGCAAAGGAACCGGUCACCGAGGAGAUGGACGACACCACCGCCGCCACCAUCGCCGCCGUCAAGUCUGCUACGGAUACCGCCACCGCCGCUGCCCUCGCCAGUCUCGGCUCCCUCGCCAGCACCCCCCACCUCAACCAAGACGGAGAGGACUCGAUGGAUUACGAAAGCCCCAACGGCUCUCCUUCGCGCGGACUCAAACGUCCCCGUGGUCCUGAAUUGGAUCGCCAACGCAAAGAUAACCACAAGGAGGUCGAGCGUCGACGAAGAAGCGCCAUCAACGACGGAAUCGUUUCCCUCAGUCACAUUGUUCCAGGUUGCGACGCAAAGAACACCAAUAAGGGCGCCAUCAUCCAUGCCGCGGUGAGGUACAUUCAGGAUCUCAAGCAUAACGAGGCGAGCAACAUCGAAAAGUGGACGUUGGAAAAGCUGCUCAUGGAUCAGGCGAUGGGGGAUCUCACGGCGCAAUUGGACGAGGCAAGGGCUCAGGUGGAACGGUUGAGGAGCGAAUUGGAGGAGCGGUUGGAAGGCGAGGGGAGGGCCGCCGAGGGCAAGGCCUAG